AUGCCGUCAUCGCUGCCUUCGAUGUGCCUCACACUCGUCUCCCUGGGCAGUCGCUCAGGCAAAGUACUAUUCACUAUAGCGACGAGAAGCUGCUCUACGGCUGCACUUGUCGGAGAGCGAGGUUCCCAUCGGUUGGUAGUAUCAGAUGCCCCCAAGGGCCAUGAGUACGAUAUUCAAAAGAAGCUGGUCAGAUCCCUCCGCCGAGGCAGCGAUGAGAGUCUCCUCUCUGCUCGAGGCUUCUGUAGGAACCUCACGGAGCUGCUCGUCGAGAGGCCGGCCAACAUCAGGCUUGUGCGAGAGUUACUCUUUGAGCUUGGGCACAACCGCAAGUUCACCGAGGCCAAUCGGGAUGCAGUAGAUGGUCUAUGUGGGGUCUUGAGGAGACGGAUCAACGACGACACCUUGUCAAGGGUCCAAGGACGAGCCCUCGGGGAGGUCGCGCUGUCCAUCGGCAAGUUGGAACUACCAUGGGUGGAUGAGAUGACUCUAAUAACGCGGCAUUGCACUGGCCGGAUAGGGCUACAGUCAAUGUCGGCCUCAGCUGUUGCUAAUGUGGCCUAUGGUGCAGCGAAGUGCGGUAUAGCAGAUGAUACCUUCGUUGAAGUUCUGGCCUCUGAUUGGUUGAGGAGACUCCAUUCUCGUACGGACGAGGCUGUUGUAGAGCCUGCUAGCCACACUAUGGUGCUGAGGAGUUUGGCGUACAUGUUCGAUGGUCAACAAUGUGUUGUCGACCUACUUCGGGAAUUCCCCCGAAGGGUUGACAUCUCCUCGUUCAGUGACCAUCAGAAAUCCCAAAUCGUAUGGGCCGAAAGACGAGUUCUCCGAGAGGCUGGUAAGUCCGGUGACGCAACCCACGUAGAAACCGCUGAUCUCGGGCUGGUCGAUCUUGCUACUAUCAUGACGGCUUACGCACGGAGGCGUGAGGCACCCCCAGAGCACUUGAAGACUCGCAUCCUCAGACUGGUAUCAUGCCAAGAACACGAGUUGGACCCCCGCACCCUAGCUAACCUCAGCCGAGCGAUAGGCAGUCUACUCGGGAGUCAGUGUGGGCAUGGCCUCGACCAGCUGCUUGAAGCCGUGAACAUCGCCAUGGUGGAGUGCACUGGGCCCUUGGCCUUGUCGGAUGUGGGCAGCAUCCUCUGGGCAAGUCUCGCCUCCCCAUCCCCCAAACUCACUAGGCUUGCUUCCAUACUACUAACAAACGUCGAUGAGGGCUCGUUGGCAGCCGCGAGGCCCCAGGUGCAAGCUCCAAUCCUAUCGGGCAUUGUCGGGCUAGGACUUAGCCAGGACUUCCCGACACUGGUCAAGAGUAUUGCAAAUGUUAAUGGUCUGAGGACCGACUGGACUGAUGACGACGUGAAAGGUGUAUCUCAGCUCGUCGGGCCGAUUUCGAAGCUUCUUGGUACACAGAAUCAAGUGAUAGCCAUCGCCGACUGGGUGGGGUCGGUCAAGGCUGAGCUCUUGACCCUCUCGGUGGCUGGGAGAAUCUUUAGAGGAAUUGCUAACGCGACCAACCCUCGACAGAUCCUAACAGAGUUCCCUGAAACAGCCUUGAGAUUUGCAGAUGCCGUAGUUGGUCGCUGUAAGCAGCUAGAGGGGGCAGCAGGAGCGGACCUUGCCGACUUGACGUCCAUAAUGUGGGGUCUCGCCACGGUACGUUUGUCCCAUUACGAGCUACAGGAGAGAUGCUGCUUGUUGGCUGCUAGUGUUCUCCGGCAGCAAUCUACGGAAAAGGUCCGCAACCAUCUGGCGGUAUUUUUGUGGGCUCUCACGGCGAACUCUCAUCGAACUGAGGCUGCACAUGAAGUCCUCCGAGGUGCUUCAACUAAGCUGUCCACUCAGGACCUACCCGUGCUGGCGUGGGCUAUGGCAGUCCUUGACCAUUUCGACGAGAGGCUCUUGCGAGAUGUCCUCAGCCGCUGUGCAUCAGCCUCUUUGCAAUCCGCUGCCCUCAUUCGUGUGCAUAGGGCGAUUGAAUGGGCAGCAGUGCAAUACGGCUUUCAGCUACUCAGUCCCGACGAGCAUGCCCUGGCCGCCAGGGCUGCAGCUGAGGCACGGAGCAAUUCCUUGCCGACCAGUAGCUCCUUCCAGGACGAGAUCUUGAGAGAGCUGGAGCCUCUCGUGAGCGAGGUCUACCCUCAUUGGGAUGUGGUCUCUGAAUAUGAUUUGUCGGCCAGUCUCCCUGGCAUUGUAUGUGAUAUCGCUCUGGUCGACAGGACGUCGAGGCAGCCUACAUUACUAAUAGAAGCUGACGGUGCUGCUCACUUCGUCCACUGUGUAGACAGUGAUGGCUCACGUCAUGUAGGGUAUGACGGCAAAACUGAACUCUUGCGUCGUAUUGUGAAGUUGCAUGGGUAUCGCCUCCUCUCUAUCGACACUAAUUCAUGGAAGUCCACUCUGCGUCCUGACCGUGAGGAGUUGCUCAAAGGGUGUAUCAAUUCGACGCUGGCCAACGGUGGAAACACGUUUCUGGAUUCUGUUUCGGCAUGA